CCCCGUCUUCGGCUUCCCCUCCCCCUCUCCCCCUCUCUCUUCUCAUCCCUCCCCAAACCCUCCCCGCCAGAAGAUGGACUUGGAUCCGGAAAUCGCCCGUUGGAUCCUCGAGUUCGUCCUCAUCCAGCCCAAUGUCGACGACUUCCUGGCCAACAGUCUUGUACUCGCUCUCCCGAUCACGCGGCCUCUCGAGCCCCGCCUCAAGAAGACCAUCCUUCUCCGGAGGAUCAUCUCAGAACUCUCCCGCGACUCCGUCUCCACCCGGACCCUCCACUCCCUCGAGCUUCUCGAGGAGAUAGACCGCAAUGGAGGCGUCGCCCCUUUGGAGUCCAUGAGGGCUGCCUACUUUGAGGUUGCCGUGGAAUGCACUGCCCGGUCCCUGCUGAAAAGCGACGAGCACUUUUUCAAGACGGUCGACCAAAUCUGGAGCCGCCGUGUGGCCGAUCUUGAACGGUCGGAGGCCGCGGGAUUAGCGUGCAGCCGCCUGAAGAAAUUUAGGAAGGAGAUGGUGGAGGCCGCCCUACUAAAUCCUGGCAUUAGGGCUGACCUGUUGGAGAGGGGUACCGAAAAGAUGACGUUUGAUUCUGUUAUCAGAGCCGAGCUGUUGGAGCGGGACACCAAAAAGGUGGCGUUGGAUUGUGUUAGGGCUUAUUUGGAGGACGCCAUAAACAUGAUGGGUCCACCUCUUCUUGAAGUCACUGCAAAAGCUGUUCUUUCGGGGCGAUUGGUGUUGAAAGAACAGUCUAGAGAACCUUCUGUUAGAACGGGCAAGAAGGAGAAGUGUGCGAAAGAUGUAUCGAUCUCAAUAGAGGAAAAGAGUGUGGAUGAGCUGGGUCAUUCAGAAAUUGAUGGAGGCACAUCAUCUCGAUCGCAUGUGAUCAUGGAGGAGCUUGAUGAGAGUGCAGCAGCUGGAGGACAAAAUGUGCCCAACCAACUUGGAUGCUUGACUACCAAGUCUGACCGACUGCCAUCUCCAGAGGUUAACGGAGUGGUACAGGCUCUUAAAUCAAGUUCUGCAGAUCUGCACAUGAUGGUAGAAGACCCUCUUCCAAAUGCAAGAACAGCUGCCGCUGAGGUAGUAAAUAGCAAGCGUGGAAUAAUGAUGAAUCUUGAACAGGAGGAGCGUCAAGACCAGGGUGAUCAUAUGGCACAACGUCUUGUAAGUGAAAUGGGUUCUGAGGUUAAAUGUGAUAAGAGCUGUACUUGUCAUACUCAGAAAAACAGGAACAGUGACAUUUUUCAGUCAAAACUGAACCAUUGUGGUGUGAAAGAAAUGAAAGGAAAUCAUAUUAGGGAAGAAGUGAAUGCACCUGUUGGCGCUUCUGAGAAAGGGACCGACGUUUCAAUUACUGCAGGCAUUAGCAGAGGUGUUGAGAUGAAGAUAGGUUGUAAUGUAGUACCAACACAACCUAGUUUGAUGGAUUGGAAUUCAACUGCCCGUACUUAUGAGGUGAUCUCAUAAUCCUGUUGUCUUCUAUGAUUUAUAUGGUUUCUUUUUCAUUAUAUGAUGAUAACAUAAGAAUUCUAUUUUUGGUGAAGACUGGCAUUUGUUGAAGGGUCGAUAGAUCUCCUUUUUCCCAUUCUAGAUCACAUAUGUGCUCAGUGGCCAAAUUUUUUGCUGCUUUGUUUUACUCUUACAAUUCAUUUUGAGCUUGAAGUUUGCAUCUCUGUUCCACACUUCUUUUGACAUGACAUGGAUUUUGUAGUUGGCUUUUCUAUUCUAU